AGUAUAAAGGCAGGUGCAAGUUGAGUUGGUGAAAGUCAGAUCUGUGUGUUGCACCAAUUAUGUCCGGCAUUACGAGAGACGGGGGUCUCACUGCAACUCAGAAGGCGAAUGCUGAAGUACAGAAUAUCUGUGAUCACGUAAAGGCGCAGUUCAUACAGGAGUCGGGGGUCAAUGUCUCUGUAUUCAAGGCCAUAGAAUAUAGGGAACAAGUAGUUGCUGGCACCAAUUACUUCAUUAAGGUGCACAUCACGGGUCACGAUUACGUUCACCUGCGCGUCUAUAGAUCAGUUGAGAACAGCUUCGAACUUACUUCCUACCAGCUGAAUAAGAAGCGGAAGGAUGAGCUGAUUUACUUCUGAGUCGCACUGUGUGGCCCCCCGGCCCUUUAUGGAGGAGAGAUCGUGAGAUUUGAUUCACAUUCGGUGCCUCUUCUCUUCUCUCUGGGCUCAGCUUUUAUUAUUAUUAUGAAUUUAUAAAGCACCAACAUAUACUGUAGCGCUGUACAAUGAACGGGUGAAUAAAGAUUCCAUACAAUAGUAACUGA